AAUUUUUAUCUUUCAAUGAAGGUGCGAAACACGGAACAUCCCUACGCUCAAGUAAACCCACCGUCAGCUUCAGCAGCAGCAGCCGCUGCAGCUGUGGUAGCGGCCGGCAAUAGCAAUAAUGCUAUAUACAGCAGUCAACCACCACAGCUUAACGGAACACAUUCUCGCAACUCAAACCACAGCAAUACAUCCCAAAACGAGUCUCCUUCACAAGCAGAAAUUCCAGCCGCUUCGGCCAUUGCAGGUAUGAUCUCAGCCAGUCAAGAUCUUCCAUAUAUGACACCGCCUAUAACAAAUCAACACUUUAGUGGCGACUCGCAGGACUCUUCAAAAGGCUACACCAGCAUCAGCGUGCGGGAGCCGCUUGCAAAUAUUCUAGCACAACAGCCGCCAAAGCCAACUCAACGGAUAGCUACGCUGACUCGUGAUGCAAGCGAUUCGCAUUAUGCCACUGUAUCAGACGAUUCUGACGAAACAUAUGCAGCUAUCGAGGACCCGAAUAUUCGCGGAAAUCCAAAUGUUCUCACUGACAUCUAUACUAGUGGUUCAGAGACGUAUGCACAAAUCCAACCUCUGCAAAUGAGUUCAAUGGUCGUAUCUGUGGAAAUCAAUAAUACAAAUAACAGUAGUCACAAUAUCAAUGCUAAUACUGUUCAUGCACAUAACGUACAAUCUGCAGAAUAUAAAAUAUCGAAUACAUCCACUGUAUCGCACCACCAUCAGCAUGGAAGUCACACACAAAGGCCUAUUUCUGAGCAUGCCACUCCUGUACCACCACCUGUGGAUAGCCUACGCACACAAAAGCACUCACGUCAGCCCUCCUCAUCAUCAAAUAACAGUUCAUUGGUUUGCAAUUUAGGUUCACCAAAGCCCGAAAAACGACAAGCCAACUCUCCGUUGCCACCAACGCCCAAAUCGAACAUUACCUCGUGUCGUAGUUCCGUUAUAUCUGUGAUCGAAUGCGGUGGCGGUGCUGGAGACUUCAAUCCAAGUGGCGUUAUAACGGCCACAUCGAUCAAUGCAGUUACCGCUGCAUCAGCUACUACUAAUACAGAUGAAGUAUCCCCUCAGAAAAAUAAAAGUAAAAGCCUGAGUCCAUCCAAAGAUAUCGAGGGCAUGUAUGCAAAGGUGAUGAAAAAGAACAAGUUAUCACGCCACUCACCUUCUUCACAAAACAACUCUCCCGUAAUGACGCGGAAAUACGGAGAUCACAACGCUGCGUUAGGCAUUAGCCCAUUAGACAUGGCUGCAGCCGAGCUAACGGAAACGAAUCGCGUCAGUGUAUUCAACAUUUCAAAUGCCACGAGCGAUAAAGGGCGAAUUCGUAGCAACAGCUACGGUUCCAAGGAUCAUGGUUAUGAAACAAUACCUGCCGACGCGGUCCGCCCAUCAGUACUUGAAAAUCGCAAAUCAGAUUGCUACAGCAGCUUAUUGCGAAAAGAGCGACCAAAAGAAAUCGUACAAAUACCUAAUCCACCUGCAGCAAACGCAAAACCACCGAUAAAUUCAGAUGUAAACAGCGACAAGCACUAUGAGACUAUUGCCGUGCCGCUUGACACAACGAGCAACAGCGAUCCCGGCUAUGAAACCCUCCAAAAGCCAAACAGACUAAAUCAAUCCGAUCCAGAUAACGAGAAGAAAUCAUCUGACUACGAUCCCAAUUACGAAGUGCUGGAACGUCCAAAAUCCGCCGGCCUAUCUGAUGAUGGCUAUGCCAAAAUUAAUGAGAAAAAACAUUUGGCCCUUGAUGACGACUCUACUGAUGGCUACAGCAAAGUAAAAGGCGAAGAAUGCGAUGAUGGUGCGACUGGUGGUUACAGCACGAUCGGCACGGAUGCCAAUCACAAUUACGCCAGCAUCGCUGAAACGAAAGAAGAAAUGUGUGGCGUUACACCAGACACCGAAGACUCCGAUCACUAUGCGCGCAUCGCUGAAGCACCACGAAUACCACAAUCAGCAUCUGAGCUGCCACUCAGCGCGUUGCAUACGCCAACGGGUAAGCUUGCGCUGAGCGUAAGCGUUGCUUCUGGUGUCACACAAGAUACACUGGCAAUUACUUCGCCUUCUUCAAUUAAUUCAUCAUCGUUGCUGGCUAAUAGUUCGACACUGUCGUCAACCAAUGCGUUGACCGGCAGCAGCAGCACCACUAGUACGAUAAGUUCACGACAAACCCCUUCGACAUCUUCGCAAUAUGAAUCACUCACUGGCAGCGAAACAGAUCCAAACUACGAAUCCGUUUGUUACCCGAGCACGGGACGUGAAAAUCCAUACGAGAGGCUACAGACCGAAUAUUCUGACACACAGUUAAGCAGUAGUAGUCCAAUAACGCCAGAUGAGUUGCGACAACAACAGAAACACAAGCAAGGCAAUGCACAAACGCACAAAACGACAACAACCGGUGGUAGCACAAGUGCUUCAUCACCAGCAACGACAGUAACGAACUCUGAUUCAGCAGCGGCAACUAUAAUAGCAGCGGUGCCGUUAAAGACCACACCAAAUGGACUAAUGCCAAAAGCGAGACCAGACGGAACAGCAACUAAAGUGCAAAAUACCAGUGAACUGAAUGCCACGGAUGUGGUAGUCGAUGAUUACUUUCAAGUUUAGUUAAAUAAUUAGUAUGUAGUAAUUGGGCUAAGAGCACAUUUUGUGGCAAUUAUU